AUGAAAACCAAACCAGAACACUUUGGUAAAGUGUACAGGUAUGGAAAUUCUGGUCCAGAUUUGUCAAAAAACGAGACAACUGUAGAUACCACCGAUGCUUUCACAACUUCACAAAACACCGAAACAGGCAAAAGAGGAAGAAGCAACAAAGUGAUAUUUGGGUGCGAUAAAGGGGGAAAAUAUAAGGAUAAAAGUGAGACUCAAAGUGCUACUAAGAGACGUGGAUGUCCAUUCAAAAUCAGGCCGACUCCGGCAAAAGAUAGGUCUGGAUGGAAGGUUGAUGUAAAACGUGGAGUUCAUAAUCAUGGUUUACCAGAUAAAUUAGAAGGUCAUUCCUUUGUUGGUAGGUUGACAAGAAAUCAGAAGCAACAUGUUGAUGAUUUGACAAAGAGACAUGUUCCGCCUAGACACAUAUUGAUUUCCUUGCAAGAGCGAGAUUCUAAGAAUGCCACUCGUAUCACGCAAAUAUACAAGCAUAAGAGUGUGAUAGAAGUAGAGAUAAGAGGUCCAAGAAGUGAGAUACAACAUUUGCUUAAGCUUAUAGAGGAGGUGAACUAUGUUUAUUGGAGUAGGAAAAGGGAUGAUUCGGAAGUUGUGAGAGAUAUUUUUUGGGCUCAUCCAGAUUCGAUAAAGUUGCUGAAUCUUUUUCCAACUGUCUUAAUUAUGGACGUCACAUAUAAGACCAACAAAUAUAGACAGCCUCUGUUUGAAAUAGUUGGUAUGACAUCGACCGAGUUGACAUUUGCGGUUGCAUUUGCUUAUAUGGAGUGUGAGCAGACAGAGAGUUAUUGUUGGGUCUUGGAUAAGUUGAAGCAAUUGUUUGUGAAGAAAGAUGUGGGUCCACAAGUGAUUUUGACGGAUAUAGAUCUUGCUUUGAUGAAAGUAGUUGAAGUUAUGUUUCCUACGACGCAUAACUUGCUAUGUCGUUUUCACAUUAACAAAAAUGUUGGGAUGAAAUGCAAGGAAUAUAUGAUGAAAGACAUGCAAGAGACGAUAAACACAUUGUGGAAAGAUGUUGUAUGGGCUAGUAAUGAGGUUGAGUAUGGUGUAUGGUUGCAAUAUCUUGAGCAAGCAUGCUUUGCUUGUAGUGACUUCCUCGAUUACGUGAAAAACACUUGGGUUGAGUCUGCACAUUGGAAGCUAAAGCAGAUGAUAGGGAACAGUCUUGGUGACAUGGUCAAAGUUUGGGAAGCUGUGAAUUCUAACUUGAAAAUACAAAUAGGUAACAUCCGAGCUUCGUUUCAAAAGAGUUUUUAUGAGGGAAAAUGUGGUUGUACUAUGAGAACAAGUUAUAGGUUACCUUGUGCUUGUGAGAUGGGGAAAUUGAUUGUUGUUGGAAUUCCAAUACCAAUAGAAAGUGUUCAUCUUCAAUGGAGGAUACUAUCUAUGGAAGGUGAGUUGCCUUUAGAUGAGGAAGGUGGUUCAGAGGUGGAAAUGAGUAAUGCAAUUGAUGAAUUGUGGAGAACGUUUAAAUCACUAGAUGUUGUUGGAAAAAGAGCAUUGAAAAGUAGGAUUUGUAAAGUUGCAUAUCCCACAACAACUUCAUUGUGUCCACCACCUGAGAAAAUAAAAACUAAGGGAGGAGUGAAGAGGAAAGGGAAGAAACCAGUUGGGUAUGAUGUUUAUAGGGAUCCUUCAAGUUUUGAGUAUGCUGACCAGAAGGGUGUUACAGGAAGCAAUCAUAGUCAAAGAAGCAAUCACAAUAAAAAAAACCAAGAUUUCACUCUUCAGUUUCCUUGUCAUAUUAGGCCAUAUAUUACCGAGAUUGUUAAUGUUGAAUCAGCUGAUAAUUAUGGAUUUAGAGCCAUUGCAUCAUUUUUAGGGUAUAAAGAGGAUGGUUGGGAAAUGGUUCGUCGUGACUUGGACAUGGAAAUAAGAGAAAAGAAGGACUUAUAUGAGAGAUUGUUCGGCACUCGAUUAUCCGAAGUGAGAAACGGAUUGAUGAUAGAUAAUGUUCGUUUUAAACCACCGGAGAAAUGGUUGUCAUUACCAGACAUGGGCUAUUUGAUAGCGAAUCGGUAUAACGUCAUUCUUGUGCAUUUAGGUAUUAAGGCUGGAAGGCGUAAGGAUACUAGAGACGCAAAAUCACAAAGAAGUGGGAUAAAGCAGAGGCCGAGCCGCAGCAAAACUGGGCGAGACGCGCCAAACCUUCAGAGAUGGGAUUGUGAAUAA